CUGUUAUAUUUUUUUCUUGAAUAUAGGUCCAUCCAGCACAUGGCACUCUUAUCGAGUUUGCUCUACUAGCUUCCUCUAACAUACAAAUAUUCAGGUUGUACAUCAUUGUAUAAUGAUACUAUGGGAUUAAGACAGAGCAAAUCUAAAACAAAUUCUUCCAAGUCUGCAAAAUACAUGUCAUCUAGUCCAGAGCCAGCAUCAGAUGGAGUGAAACGUUAUGAUCCCAUUCACACGGAUGCGGUCUUGUCGGUUGGUCGCCUUGGCAACAAUCAGUUCUUGUCAGCUGGAGCAGAUCAGACUAUUGUGUCCUACAACUGGCAAGAAGGAAGACCAUUGCAGAAAUGGACAGGGCAUAGCAGAGAUGUGACAAAGGUUACAUAUUCUCCUGCCUUGGGUCAUGUAUUCAGUGGAUCAAGGGACAAGACUGCCAAGAUGUGGGCUGUAGAGGGCGCCACAGGCGCCACAGUCAAGGAGGCUGUUCUUACAUUUGUGGGCCAUAAUCUAGUGGUCAAUGGGCUUGCUGUAGUGGAUGUGUCAAGAAGAUUGUGCACAGGAGGGCGGGAUAACUCGGUCAGAUUGUGGGACACAGAGACUGGUGGGUGCAUCAAAGAGGUCACAACCUCACGCAAUCUAGUGACACACAUGGUGACGAUACCCAGAACAGAGAUGGUCAUACAGUCUAGUGAAGACAAGUCAAUCAGAAUAUGGGACACAAGGACACUUGAGGAGAGUGGUGUUUCCAACAAGAAGAGCUACAUACAGACAUGUUGUGAUGUCAGUUCGGAUGGAAACUACUGCCUUUCUUGCAGCAAUGGCUUCAGUGGCCAAGGCUGCGAAGCAUCGAUAUGGGACUUGAGAAACUUGAAAGAUCCCGUUCGAGAGUUCAAAGGUCACUCCCAGACAGCCAGCGGUUGCUGCUUCAUACCACAAUCUCAUGGUUCCAAUCCAGUGUUUGUCACAUGUUCAAACGAUCAGACAGUUAAACUCUGGGAUCAAGCUUCGGGAAAUUGUUUGUGUACAGUGACAUUGUCUGGAUCCAAGCAGCUCACAUCAGUAACAGCCAAUGCAGACCAAAGUAUCUGUGUCGGGAGCUUUGAAACGGGAGUUCAUGUGCUAUCUGUCAGCCGGGACAGCAGUGGAUUGUGGGAUAUGAAGCCCAUAGCACAGUACUGAAAUAAUUCACUGCACUUUGAAUGUCAAGUCACAGGAUCAAUGGUUUGUAGCGUAGCCUUCGAACAAUUACUGUAGACCUGGGUCUUGUAUCACAAAGGUUAGCAAUUGAUCGUAUGCUCAAUUUUUGCGAUUGAUUGUACAUUGUAGUACAUGGAAUCAGUGGUAGAAAAAUAUUCUACGAUCAUUGCUAAGCUUUGUGUUACGGGUCACUGGAGUGGGUGAUGUUAUUUAUGAAGGUAUGAGAUAGCCUCUUGUACAGAUUAUCCACUGUUUAUAUAGUGUAUAGCGUCUGGUACGGAAAGACUACUCUCAGGAGCUACGAAACAUUGAGCACAGCAAGAUGUCCUUUUGCAUCUUGUUUGAAUUUCUCUACCAAUGUGGGAAUAGCCAAUCAGGGGCUAUUUAUCAUGGCUGCACAACUCAAAACAAUCGACAAUGUGGAGCAGAGCAGUAGUACCCAUUGUUUUGAUUGGUCAAUUGUUCCAGUACAGAAUGAUGAAUAUUCAUGUACCCUGCCAAUGAGGAUCAAAGGCUGGCAGGACGGCUUGUGAGUAUGUAUUCUUUGUCAACCAUUUGAGUAUUGCUGUGUAAGGGUUAAAAACAUAAUUAUGUCCGUGGAGCCUUGUCACAAUUCUAGGGGUGAGAUGGCACAUGGAAAGACUGUUGAAUCUUGUUGCACAGUCCAAACGAAGAAAUUGUAUCGUAGCCUGUGAGGAAACAUUGUAGAUCUGGAGUGAGUGAUUUCAGUCCACUAUGAAGAUGAUGUUUAUCAUUGCCAUUCGCAAGCUCUCAAAUCUUUCAACCACCAGGCUCACUUUUCUUCGAGAUUUUAUUGUUUAUUUUUUACCAGCAAAACUGCCACUGUGAUAUGCUUAUACAUGUAUGUUUUUUUUUUGCCUUGAUCAUGAACAGCAAGUGCUUAUACGUAUAUAUUUUUGUGCAGACUUGUAGGAUUUAUGUAUGAAUGUAUUCAAAAUUCACCUUGAAAUCAAUUUCACUCUAAUGAGUGAAAUGUAAAAUGUAAUGUGUAUUCAACUUUGUUGUGUAAAUAGUAUAAUAAGUAGAUAUAAGUUUUGGUGCCAAGUGUCAUCAUGUGAAUGAAUGAAGGCAUGAUUUUUAAAAUUUUUAUGUUCUUAUCGUUAUUUCAAUGUCAUUGAAUUAUCAUACUUAUGUCAUUUCUCUCAAUAAACACAUAAGACUAGUGGCCGUGCGUCCUAUCCAUAGGAGAAGACCAGUGCUUUAGCAGAGGGCACUUUCAUCUAAAAAUGGGCUAUUGAGUUUGAAAUUCCAAGGAUAGUAUCGUUAAAGGGGAUUCCAUCCCAAAUAAAAAGUUGUUUUAGAGGAAAAAGAAAAUUCAGACAAGUUGAUAUGUGAAAAUUUGACUAAUAUCGUACAAAAAAUAAGAAAGUUAUGAAUGUUAUAAGUUGAAAAAUCAGUAAUCACUAUACCCAUCAAGACCUUUUGAUGUCUUAGAGAUAUAAGGCAAGAAUUACUCUUCCAAUACUCAAAUAUAUGAAAUGGUUAAAUGUCACUUUUUCAAAAACUUAACUGAAAUUUUAUUUUUCUUUCAUGAGGACACAAAGAAAUACAAAAGAAAUUAAAAAAAAACAAUUAAAUACACAAGAAAAACAUUGUGAUACCGAUUUUUUUUAAAGUACAUUUGAUUGGAAUCCUACAAAGAGCCUGUGAAUAAAAAAUUAGCAGUUUUGAUAAAGUAUGAUAGUUGAUUAGAGCAAAUGUUUUAUUUCAUUUAUGAAUUAGCAUAAUAAAUUCAUUAAUUUAAAUGAAUUUUC